AUGACUCGUUGUAUCGUAUUGAAAUGCUCGGAAAUAGAAGUCCAUCGUAUCCCAAAAGAUAAGAAAAUUCGUCGGCUUUGGUUGAAAGCCAUUCGCCGUGAAGAUUUAGUUCCAACAAAUGAUUCGAGGUUAUGUCGGAAACAUUUUGUGGAAAGUGAUUACGAAAAAAUCAGCAAAUACACAGGAGUUGAACACCAGCACAAAUAUCUCAAGAAAAGUGCUGUACCAUCUGUCUUUGCAUGGAACACACAACCAGUUUCGGAGAAGGCAAAGAUAACAAACAUAUUAAGACUAUUCUCAACUCAGCUGUUACUUGCAGAUCAUGAGACAGUGCAUUAUUAUACUGGAUUAGAAACAUCAACAAAGUUUUCUUUAGUUCUAAGCACACUUGUACCUAUGGCUAAUCAUUUAAAAUACCGUUGGAGUCAAGUAAUUUGUUUAUCAGUAGAGGACCAAUUUCUCAUGUUAUUAAUUAAACUCAGGAGAAACACUACGGAUUUUGAACUGAGCAAAAUAUUUUGUGUCAGUACGACUGAGGUCUCUAAUAUAAUAGUGACGUGGAUAAAUUUUGUUAAUGAUGUUUGGAGUUUGGUUGAUAUUUAG